UGCGCACUUGGUGUAAACAGGAAGAACCGACGAAAAGAAAAGUAGGCUAAAUCUACCGUAAAGACAAUGAUCGGAGUACUACGAGACAGCUUCGUGUUUUUCUGUUUGUAUUAACUAACAUCGAUGAUGUUUUGCAUCACCUGAUCAAAAUAUCGAUUACAUCCGGAGAAAGCAGUCGAUACAUUUUCGUAAAACCCGAUUUGGCAGUACAGUGGGCAAGCUAACGUUAGUCAGACAGUGACGCGAUAUAUUUCCUGUAGGUUUGGCUUGGCUGGUUGACCUACUAAACUACAUUUCAGUAUACAUUUAUAUAUCCCGUCGGGAUUCGUCUUAAAUCGUCGACGUUGCACCGAGGGAGAUUGUGAACAAUGGUUCAAAAGGAUAAAACGUUGGAGUCUCCUCAAGUGGAUGGCGAACCGAGCCCCAGCCCAGUCUCCGGAGAGGUUUGUGUGGAGGCCCCGGGCUUGGUGGAGGAGUCCGUCAUUGGAGUCGAGCCAACGGGCCACAGGAAGUUUAUAAGCGGAGUCGUGGAAGGCUUUUAUGGUCGGCCAUGGACAAUGGAACAAAGGAAAGAGCUGUUCAGAAGGCAGCAGAAAUGGGGACUGAAUACGUACCUUUAUGCUCCCAAAGACGACUACAAACACAGAAUGUUCUGGAGAGAGCUGUAUUCAGUGGAAGAAGCAGAGCAACUCAUGACUUUAAUCGGUGCUGCUAAGGAGCACGGUAUAGAGUUCAUUUAUGCCAUUUCCCCCGGACUGGACAUCACCUUCUCCAAUCAGAAAGAGGUCACUGCACUUAAGAGGAAACUUGAUCAGGUUACUCACUUUGGCUGCAAGUCAUUUGCCUUACUUUUUGAUGAUAUCGACCACAACAUGUGCCCUGCUGAUAAAGAAGUGUUCAGCUCAUUUGCACACGCUCAGGUUUCCAUUACCAACGAAAUUUACCAGUAUCUGGGAGAGCCCGAAACCUUCCUCUUCUGCCCAACAGAGUACUGUGGAACAUUCUGCUACCCAAAUGUCCCUCAGUCCCCCUACCUCCACACCGUAGGAGAGAAGCUACUGCCUGGCAUUGACGUCCUAUGGACAGGACCCAAAGUGGUAUCCAAAGAUAUCACGGUGGAGUCUAUUGAAGAGGUGUCAAAGAUCCUAAGGAGAGCCCCUGUAAUCUGGGACAAUAUUCACGCCAAUGAUUAUGACCAGAAGAGGCUUUUCUUGGGCCCAUACAAGGGACGCUCCACAGAGCUCAUCCCAAGACUGAAGGGAGUCCUCACCAACCCUAACUGCGAGUUUGAAUCAAACUUCGUAGCGAUCCACACUCUGGCGACCUGGUACAAGUCUAAUAUGAAUGGGGUGCGGAAGGACGUGGUCAUGACUGAUGGUGAGGACAGUACUGUGUCCAUCCAAAUCAAGUUAGAGAAUGAGGGCAGUGAUGAAGAACUGGAGACAGACAUGCUAUACAGCCCACAGCUAGCUCUCAGACUGGCUCUCACUGAGUGGCUGGGAGAAUUUGGUGUGCCUCACCAAUACAACAGCCGACAGGUGCCUCAGAGUGGUGCCAAGAGCACGGCCAUAGACGUGUCAUCCAUGGCUGCUCCAUCACUUUGUUCAUCGACAACAGUCACAACCGUGUUCCAGCAGCCCAUCAUGUCUCCAGCAAUGCCUCCUCUCUGUCUGGACCCUCUGUCACUCCCCUUGGUAAAAAGACCCGAGGAGGUAGAGGAGGUGGAGGUAGAAAAGAAGGAUUCUGAUGAGGAGCCCAUGGAGAUGGUGGUUGAGAAGCAGGAUGAGUCUGUACCAGAAGUAGCAGCUGAUCUCGAAGAGAAGCACAUUGGUCCUAUCUUAGCUGACAAAAUGGCCGAGGACCUGAAACCUAUGGAUACAGAUAAAGAGAGUCUGGCAGAGUCCAAGUCCCUUGAAGAGUCGAUUCAGGAGGACUCUGGGAGCGACAUUGCACCAAUGCAGACAGACGAUCAGCUCAAACAGGUGCCACAGGCAUUUGAGGUGUUUGUACCUGGACCCAACGAGAAACCGCUGUUUACAGCAGAGCCCCUCACACUUGAGGACCUGUGCAUGCUGGCAGAGCUCUUCUAUCUGCCUUACGAGCACGGACCCAAGGCCGUUCAAAUGCUGAAGGAGUUCAACUGGCUGAGGGCCAACAGCAGCGUGGUCAGCGUUAACUGCAAGAGGAAGGAAAGUGAAAAGGUGGCAGAAUGGCAACUGAGAGCAGAGAAGUUUGAGGAGAUGUGCUGCUCAGUCAUCCAGAUGUUCACACGGCUGUCAAAUACAGCCAACCGCACCAUCCUGUACGACCUCUACCCUUACAUCUGGGACAUCAAGAGCAUCCUUUCAAUGGUCAAGUCUUUUGUCCAGUGGCUAGAUGGAAGAAUCCACAGUACAAGUUUCUACUGCUAUUGGAUCGACAGUGGCCGAUGGUGUCGUAGUCAGUCCUCAGCACAGUUCCUUAGAGGAGACCAAGAGCCCUGGGCCUUUAGGGGAGGUCUAGCAGGAGAGUUCCAGAGAUUGUUGCCAAUAGAUGGGGCAAACGAUCUUUUCUACCAACCUCCACCUUCACUGCCAACCUCCAAAAUCUAUUCCAUACGGCCGUACUUUCCCAAAGAUGAGACUGCAGUUUAUAAAAUAUGUAAAGAAAUGUACUGUGAAGGAAUGGAGGAUGAACCAUUCUCUGAAGGGGAGCCUGACCUCAUAGGAGACAGGUUAGUUGGAGGUCUCCUGACACUGAGUUCAGACUACGGCUUUGUGCUGGAGGACGAUGAAGGGAUCUGCGGUUACGCUGUCGGCACAGUCGACGUUAAACCCUUCAUCAAGAAAUGCAAAUUGAGCUGGAUUCCCUUCAUGCAAGAGAAAUACCACAAACCUGACUGCGAGAAGGACCUCUCAGAGGCCGAGAAGAUGAUGCUGAGUUUCCAUGAGGAUGAGGAGGGACUUCCAGACUCUUUCCUCUCCAAUUUCCCUUCUCUCAUCAAGGUGGACAUUCACGCCAAAGUCACCGACCCCAGUGUGGCCAAAAGCAUGAUGGGGUGUCUGUUAUCUUCCCUUAAGGCCAACGGGUCCAUGGGUGCGUUCUGUAAGGUUCGUCAGAGUGAUAAGCGAAUGUUGGACUUCUAUAGUAAGCUGGGGUGCUUUGAAGUGGCCAAAAUGGAGGGCUUUCCCAAAGAUGUCAUCAUUAUGGGACGCAGCCUAUGAAGAAACCGCUGCGGCGACAGAGAGGUUGAAACAACUUAGACGCGUUUGUUACCCACGAGACGAACUGUCAUGAUGAUUUUGUUCUACAUUACCACCUGGGCGUGCCCUUGGAGAUCUGUUUUUUUUGUUUUUCUUUUGUUUUUAAGAAGUUGUGUACAGAAGCACAGCAGCCUCACACAGAUACCCCGCGCUGCCCUUAGAUGUCUCUGUUGGAUUCAGCAGAUCCAAAGUUAUAAGAUCUGAGGAGUCAUCUGCGGCCACUAUUGACCAAUAGGAUCCCACUACUCAUAUAAGGAAGUAAUAACUCCAUAAGCCUUUUUCUGAUUUAAUCCAGUAGCCAUUACACGGAUAUUAGCCACAUGCCCUAAUGCAGAGUGUCUGUGUCUGAAAUGGAGGCAGAGCUGUGACGUGAAGGUGGCCCAUUUCCCUGGUAGUGUCUUACUACCCCCACAUCCUGCUUCCCCGGCGUCGACACAGAGCAGAAACGUGCGCGUUGGACACCUUUCCGCGGGAUGUGAGGUGCUAUAUAAGAGUUUGCCUUUCAUUGUCACAUUGUGGUGUUGUCAAUGGCUCCACAGUAGACUUGGAGACGGAGGCCUUUUUACGUGGCAUGUUUCAAACACAGUGGUGUGAUGUGCAGAGUGUAGAUUUGGGGGGUUUUCGUGAACAGGACAUCGCCACAGACCAGCAAAGAAAACGUAUUCAGUGAGAACUGUUAAAAAACAACUAGGAAGUUUCUGUAGGUAAGCGAUAGGAAAGCAAUAGAAACGCUUCCACAAGUUUACAAACAUUUCUGCUUUUUGAUAAUUCAGCAGUUUAUUUCCCCUUCAUAUUGCCUUUUGGUUCUUUGCCUUUUAAUUGUAGGUUUAUGUUGCAGAUCCCUAAUACUGCCUGUGUCCGUGUCUUCUAACGCAUGACAGCUAGAUGGAGACGGGUGAUUUUGUACAUUGGCCUUGACAUUGUUCCAGAGAUGUAGCUGACGCUGACAAAGCUUUGUCCAAUCAGAACCCAGACUUCAGCACAAUAAAUCCUACAAUAAACAUGAGGCAACUGACUAACAGGAAGAGCUCAUAUCAUGAGUUAUAUAAACUUAUACAUUUACCAGUUGUUAAAAAUUGUAACUUUUGUCCGUCAUAGGUUUGUUUCCAGUGUUUUAAACAGUUUAAAUGUGACGAUUAGUCAGUUCCUUUUUGUAAGAAUGAAAGCUAAAAUCAACACUUCCUAAUAGCAGGAGCCAGUGGGACCAAAACAUUCUGAUGUGGUAUAGAAAAGUAUGAAAACAAUAUUGCAGUAAACUCCCACUGUCAUAAUAUUCCUCGUUUCUUCCGAAGCACCAAUUCUGCACCUGGAUUUUUGUGUUAGCAAGUCAUUGAUAAUCUGUAAUACCUCCCUGCGUCCAUGCUUUGUUUCAGUACUGCAUACGAAUGAAUGUAUUCUCAGUUGAGCCUCUGCGGGUGCUUUUAGGAUCACUGGGUUCAUCAUGGUUACCGUGCCAGUAGUUGGGGAUUGGAGCAGGAAUUUGUCUAUAGGCCUUUUUCCUAUCUGUCCAUUGAAUGUUUUAUAUUCUGACACAUUUCCCAUUAGUUUUUUUUUUUUGUAAAUCUAUAUAGUUGAUUUAAAACAAAAAAAAAAAGAAGCACUUUGACUUUAGAUAGGAGUGUUCUGUUGGUUACACAUGGAUCAUCAGUUGCUCUUCAGUAGCUGCCUGCCAAUGUGACGUUUUGAAACUGUACAUUGAUAAUGUGCAUGAGGUGUGUUGGAUUUGCCGUGGCAGACAUUAGAAUAACCUCAUCAGAUGCUACAUAGAGGAAGAAGCAUGCUACUCACCACUAUGAGCAUAAUACUGUUGUACUUAGACAGUCUGUAAACACUGUCAGUCAUAAAGUGUUAUUAUUUUGUAUAUCUCUUAUUGAAGCCGGCGAGCAUUUUUGGAAAACAAGGUGCUGGCCUCGUUACAAUCCCCUGUCCCGUGCGGCCGUCCUACCUGGCUCUUUCAGCAAGGUGUGAAGCUCACCAAUAAAUCGGCUGUUCAUCAGCUGAACCUGAAUUUCCACACUUGUUUUAAAAGGUUACUUUUGUCUGCCGACCAGGUUUGAUUUGUAUAAAAAAAAUUAAAAAAAAAAAAAAAAGAAAAAGGAAAAAAGGGGGCAGUGACUGAGAGAAAGGGCUCCAAUUGUACAUUCUGUGUUUAGGGUUUGGGGCGGGUUCAUUAAAGUGACAGUUUCCUGUUGUAAAAUUUGUAUGUAAGAUACAUAAAAAAAAAACAACUAAUAAAUCAUAUUAAGUGACA